UUCCCGGCUUUUAAAGACACCUUCCUCUUCAGCCACUUGAUCACCGAACCGAUCACCGAAACACUACCUUCUCAUGCUUACAGAAAUUCUAGAUGCACUCUUCCACAUCACGUGAUAGUAUUAGUAACUGGCAUGUGACAAGCUGAUGGACGGUAUUGACUAUUUAACUCGUAUUCCAGUCAAUCAGAUAGAGAUACGGCGAAUGUUGUAGACUCUGCAAUGGAGAGGUUGGUAGCGUCGCUGGUGGUAGUCUGUACUCUGUGGGUCGUCCCCGCCACCUCUAGUGUGCAACCACCCCACAUAGUGUUCAUUGUGGCGGAUGAUUUGGGAUGGAACGAUGUAGGAUUUCACAACCCUCAGAUGAUAACUCCAAACAUCGACAGUCUGGCCCGCCAGGGAGUGAUACUGAACUCCUCCUACGUACAGCCCGUGUGUUCACCUUCCCGAAACUGCUUCAUGACUGGAUAUUACCCCUACCACACGGGGCUACAGCAUGACGUGAUCUUCCCGUUGAUACCGGGGUAUGUACCCGCCAACUUUACUAUGCUGCCCCAGAAACUGAAGGAACUCGGCUAUGCGACACAUGCAGUCGGCAAAUGGCAUCUCGGGUUCUGUAACUGGAAAUACACCCCUACAAUGCGUGGCUUUGACUCGUUCCUCGGCUAUUAUAAUGGAGCAGAGGACUACUACACUCGCGUCAGAGAUGACGGGUUUGACUUCCGGUUCAAUAAAACAGUGGCAAGAAAUUACAGUGGACCUUACUCCGCGAUGACGUUUGCCUCGCGAGCUGAAGAAAUCAUCAGGACCCACGACAAGACCAAACCCCUGUACCUGUACCUGCCCUUCCAGUCUGUCCACGAACCACUACAGGUUCCACAACGAUUUGAAGAUAUGUACAGGAACAUCACGACGAAACAGCGGAGGACAUAUUGUGGCAUGGUAUCGGCGCUGGAUGAGGCGAUCGGCAACAUCACCCAGGCACUACGAGACAGCGGCCUCAUAGACAACCUCCUACUCGUCUUCACCACCGACAACGGUGGCCCUACUUACGCCGGGGCGAACAACCUGCCUCUCCGGGGGGCCAAGACGACUCUGUGGGAAGGAGGGACCAAGGGAACGGCGUUCGUGUACAGUAAGACGUUGUUGAAGAAGUUGAAAUACACCAACACAGGAAUGAUACACGCUGUUGACUGGUUCCCAACACUCCUCCACCUGGCUGGGGGUCGACCAGACCCCGGCUUGGAUGGCGUGAACCAGUGGGACAUGCUGAGUCGGAACUCGCCCAGCAACAGGCAGGAGUUUGUGUACAACAUAGAUGACCUCAGGAACGACUCGGCCAUCAGGUAUCGGGAUCUGAAGCUGAUAUACGGCAAGCCCGGAGACUACAACGACUGGUACCCAUUGCCGAGGUUGGAUGAAGAUAUCCAAGUGGACAAAAAGACAUGGCCUUUAUACCAGCUGUAUAACAUUACAGCUGACCCGACUGAACACCAUGACCUGGCGACCGAGUUCCCCGACCUCCUGGCCUCCAUGAAGCAGAGACUGGAGGGGUGGAGACAGUCCAUGGUGCCGGCACACUACCCCCCUGAAGACCCCAAGGCCAAUCCCAAAAACUGGGGUGGAGUGUGGUCCCCCGGAUGGUGCUAGAACACCUGAUGUAAGCUCCACAAUGUUACACGGAAAGAAAAUCUUAAAAGCACAAUCAAAACGAUAUAUUAUAUUUUAGCAAAUACAUUACAUGAAAUCAAAAUAUACAUGACGUAACUGUACAUUGGCUGUCUUCUUAAUCUUGCAGAGACAAAUGCCCAUAAAAUGACAGUAGAGAUAACA